GACAUGGACACUUGCAAUAGCCUUCGUCCAUCCAUCUGUCAAAAAGGCAAGGCCAGAGAUUCUCUUUCGGUUCUUCCGGCGCCGGCAUCGGCAUCAGGAUCAAUCAAGACAUGUGACACAAAAAUCGGAUGGACUCUUCACGGCUCCCACUGCUACAAGAAGAUGGAGACCCCCAACGGUUGGCUGGGGGCUCGUUACGACUGCCUCUGGGAGGGCGGCGACCUUGUUUCCAUCACCUCCAAGGACGAGGAAGACUUUGUGAAGGAGCAAAUGGGCGACAAGCCGUUCUGGAUCGGACUCUCCAAUCUGAACUGCGACGAGGACGUGUGUGAGUUUUCGGAAGCGGGAGAAAAGAGGCUGACUUGGUCCGACACCGCUGUGACGCCGACCUAUGCCAACUGGGACUCGCGUCAAGACGGAAGCGCCAACGUUGGCUCCUGCGCGUACGUCAACCAAGGUGUGCACCUCUCCAGUCAGCCUGGAAAGUGGAGACAUGGAUCGUGCCAAUCCUCCUUGGCGUACAUGUGCAAGUGGUCCCCGGAUGACUGCCCGGACGGAUGGCCGUGUUCCUACAAAGACUUGGGUUACGGUUACAGACGAGUUGAGACUUCCUUCUGCGACUCUGGCGAGUUCCUGUACAAGGACUCGUGUUACCAUUUUGAGGGGACACAUACAAACCGGGAAGCGGCUGAGAAUUUGUGCAAGAACAAGGGAGGUCACCUGGCCAGCGUCCACUCACUGGUUAACGGACAAUUUUUGGCUGGCAAGGCCAGAGAUUCUCUUCCGCUUCUCCCGGUGCCGACAUCAGCAUCAGGCAAGAGCGCAAAGUGCGGCUGGUGGCAGGAAAACCCCGGCAACGACGACUUCUGCUACCCGAUCAACUCCAAGCCCACCAAGACCUGGAAGGAGGCGCGAGACAAGUGCGCCCGCCUCAGAGGCAACCUGCUCGGCAUCUCCGACUCGCAGGAUCACACCUUCGUCCAAGAUCUUCUGCUAAACGCUUCCUCCUCUUUGUGGUUGGACGCCAACGACACCAUGGUCGAAGACGGCAGCAAGAAGUCUGAGCAGUCCUCAUCGAGUUCCGUCCAGUUGGCCGCCGCAGGUGGGUCUAAAACCUGGUAA